UCGAGGAAACAGCAGACGCGUCGGAUAUUUCCUUGCCUGUGUGUCUAAUCCGUUUCUUUGUCCCCCUUGAUUAAUCUCGACGGCCAUGAUUGAGGUUCGAUAAACCAGAGUAAAGAGAGCAUUCUUUCUUUCAUCCACCAAUUCAUACUAUUCAUUACUUCUUUCUUUCAUCCACCAAUUCAUACUAUUCAUUACUUCGUUGCGCACCCGAAAAUUCCACUAGUUGUACUUUUAUUCGUCGCUUAUUCGUAACAAUCUUUCUGGAAAGGCGCCAAUCAUUCCAUCCCUUCCCGCCAGGCCGUCGUGGUCAUGCCGACAACGGCGUCUGUUCCCGAAAGUUGAAGCCUUCUCCUCUUACUCAAUGACGCGGAUUUCUUGAUAGAAGGAAAGAAGGAAGGGGUUUCAUGGGAGAAUGAUCUGUGAAAUUUAAUGGUAGACCCUGUUGAUGGGGUUUGUAAUGGAAGAAUAGGUGUUUCUCCUUCUUAAUCAGGUUGGGCAUCGUGAUUUUGAGUUUUUGGCAUCGGGUUGGGCUUCCGUUGUCAUUUCUACUAUUGGUGUCGAUAGAUAUGGCGGGUAAUCUUCAGAGAUGGGAGAGAGACCCUUUGUUCUCCGCCGCGGAAAUCGUGCAAGACUCGGCAGACAGGAUGGAGUCUGCUUUUAGAACUCUUCUACAUGAGCAAAGCCUUCUUGGGGAUGAACCUGCUGACCAAAAACUGCUCAAUUCGAUAGAAUUUCACCGGAGAGAUCUCCUUACUGCCCUUGGGACGACCAAAUGGCAGUUGGAGGACUUUGAGAGGGCCGUUGGUUUAUCAUCUGUCUUCCAUAACGUAAGCCUCAAUACAGAUUCUGUAUCCAGACAUAGCCAGUUUAUCAAAGCAAUUCGUGAGCAAAUAACUCUUAUGGAGCAAAACCUGCGGCAAUCAUCCAUCCAAAAUGGCAACGGUGACAAUCAGUGGGUCAACUUGAAUGAACAAGAUAGGGACCAGCUGGCUCUAUUCCUGUGCGGUGGUGAUUCAUCAGAAUCUGUGAGUUAUGAUACAGAUAGAAGUAACCUUAGAGCAUCCCCAUAUGAGCCCACUGCCUCUGGUUUGGAUGAUGGAAGUGAUGAAAUAAUUGAGCUGAAAGUCGAUGAGACACAUAACUAUGAAGAGAACAUCUGCCAUGAUACCAAGUUUCUUAGGCAUUCAGACUACGGGAUUCAGUCUAAGAGUGCCCCACAUCUUAAUUAUUUGGACCAGAACCAGGUUGCAGCGUCUCAGGCUUCUUCAGAAAUGAAUUGUAAUGGAGAGCAAAAGAGUAAUGAGCAGGUGAAUGGUUUCUUCCAGGGUACAAACCAUGGUAUUUAUACAGAUUCCAGGACAUGGGACAUGGAAGGAACUGGUAGUACUAAGAACAGGUUGAAAUCAUUCCGAAGCAGGGUGGAUCUUCGGGGUCUCCUAAGCUACUUGAAUCCAACAAAUGGAGCUAAGAUGUCUAGGAGUUUCAUUAAACGAAGGAAAGAUGGUGAGACGAGUCAUGACUAUGUAUUGGAUGUUGCACAAAUUCCAUCAUCUUCAGCUACUGGCAUUUUCAAUGAGCAGGUCACUUUUACCGCACUCUGGUUGGUCCAUACCAUAUUGUAUUCUCAUCAAAUAAUACACACCAACUGGCAAUCCACCUGCUGCUACAUUGGCCUGAUAAGUGUCAUGCUGCCACGAAUAUGGACUGGCUCUCUCCAAAGGAAAUUUCAGAGGAUUCAUAACUUUCUUCGAUACAAACAAUUUCCUGUACGUGUAACACCAAUGGUAUUCAUCACACUUGGAGUUAUAGGUCUCCUUGCAUUUCGAGCUAUUUAGACAAUAUUCCUUUUCAUUCUUCUUCCAAGAAGCUCCUUUCUGCAGCAACAGUGGAUGCCAGCUAUAAUACGUGACUUCUUCUGCGGGCAUCAUUUUAUCUCAAUUGGAAAUGGUUGUUGCUUAAUCGAUUCAAUUGUCAUGAUUUAUUUGGGAUAUCUGGAAUCCUGAGAAUGUAACAUAUUAUCUUUCUACGGAAUGAAAUGCCAUCUGCAAUUGGUCAUUAUUUUCGAAAAUAACGCCUG